UAUGGCUGCAGUUCUUGAAGCUGGCUGCAGAAUUCCCAUCAGAAGACAUUUUUUUAAUGACAGCUUCUCCAGUUAUAAAAGCUGUAACUAAUUUCAAGCAGGUCUCCAAAACACUUGAGGAAUUUGAUGUUGAAGAGCAACCAAGUUUUCUAUUAGAAAAACAAUAUCCCAAUAUUAGAGUUAUACAGUCUGGAGUAAAACAGUUGAAAAGUGAUGAACACAAAAUUUACACUGAAGAUGGGAAAGAAUACAUCUAUGAAAAGCUUUGCCUGUGUGCUGGAGCGAAACCAAAAUUAAUUGUUGAUGGGAACCCCUAUGUAUUGGGAAUCCGGGAUACUGACAGUGCACAGGCUUUUCAGAAGAAUUUGGCUCAGGCUGAGAGAAUAGUGGUGGUAGGAAAUGGUGGGAUUGCCCUUGAAUUAGUGUAUGAAAUUCAAGGCUGUGAAGUAAUCUGGGCUAUCAAAGACAAAGCCAUUGGGAACACCUUCUUUGAUGCAGGAGCAGCUGAAUUUCUUCUUCCAAAGCUCACUGCCGAAAGCCGAGAGGCUCCAAUCGAGUGUAAAAGAACCAAGUACACAGUGGAAGGAAGUGAGGAAAAAGGAAGACCUACAGGAGCAUCUGACAAGCUGGGCAGUGCCUUAGGCCCCGACUGGCACGAGGGCUUACACCUGAAAGGGACUAAGGAGUUUUCUCAUAAAGUACAUAUUGAAAUACUGUGUGAAGUAAAGAAAAUACACUUACAGCAAGAAUUUAUCCAGCUGCAACGAACUUCCUUGACUUUUCCUAAAGGAGAGAAAAAUGUAGAAGCAGAUGAGGUGCUGUGGCCUGUGUAUGUGGAAUUAACUAAUGGAAACAUUUAUGGAUGCAAUUUCAUUGUCAGUGCAACUGGAGUUGUGCCAAAUGUUGAACCAUUUCUUGAUGGCAAUAAUUUUGCUGUGGGUGAAGAUGGAGGACUGAAGGUAGAUAAGCACAUGCACACAUCGCUGCCAGAUGUGUACGCAGCUGGAGAUAUCUGCACAGCAGCGUGGGAGCCGAGCCCCGUGUGGCACCAGAUGAGGCUGUGGACCCAAGCUCGGCAGAUGGGAUGGUAUGCAGCAAAGUGCAUGGCAGCAGAUGCUUUAGGGGAAUCUAUUGAUAUGGAUUUCAGCUUUGAACUAUUUGCUCACAUUACAAAAUUUUUCAAUUACAAGGUGGUGGUUUUGGGGAAGUACAAUGCUCAGGGCUUGGGCUCUGACCAUGAGCUGAUACUAAGAUGUACCAAGGGACGCGAGUAUGUGAAAGUGGUGAUGCAGAAUGGCCGAAUGAUGGGAGCUGUGCUUAUCGGUGAAACAGACUUGGAAGAAACCUUUGAAAACCUGAUUUUAAAUCAAAUGGAUCUUUCAGCCUAUGGUGAAGAUCUCCUAAAUCCAGAUAUUGAUAUAGAAGAUUAUUUUGAUUGAACAGUACCCCAUUCCCAUUUUGUAUGAAGCCUUGAUACCAAGUAAUACAUCCCGGAAAACUGUUCUCUCAGGAUGACCAGAAAUGAGGGAUAAAUGCAAUCCUCUAUUAAGAUUUUGGAUUGAGCUUGCCAAAAUACUGACUGGUUACUGUCACAGGUACCAGCUAAUGGUGCAAACUCUGUCGAGCUGGCUCAGAUGAACAGAGAACAGUUUUAGGGCACAGGGUGCUCAGAGCUGUUGCUACCUGGAAUAUGGGUUGCAAAUAUAUGGCCUUACUCAUGUUUUUUUCCAAUAAGUUUACUUUGAAAUAAAUGUAUUUUCUACUCAGUUAAGUACAGAACACAAGCUUUGCACAAUGAAAGCCAGGAUGAGAUGGCAGUAGAGAGCAGCUUUUUAACUGCUUGUCCCUUCAGCUGUCAAGGUGUUAUGGUAGAGCUGCCCUGUAUUGCAUUGUGCCAGCCCUGGACAGCAGUUGUUUCAUCCUGGCUUUUGAUUUUGUUCUACAGUUGCUGCCUGGGAGUUGCUAUUUAUUUUGGGUCAAAUUCGGAACAAUUUAUUUUAUUUACUCAAUGCAAAGCUGGCAGUGCAUAUUGAGAUUUGUCCCAGAAAAAUCACUUAAUUUUUUCUUAGGAGAAUGACUAUUUUUAACUAAAUUUUCAAUUUUUGGCAAAGGUCUCAGCUGAAGGAUGGGUGAAAGUGACUAAAGCCUAUAGUCUGUCACAGUUUUACCAGAAAAAUAAAGAUGAAGAGCAUGUUCUAAAUGUUAUUAGUUUUAUAUUUAUUAUAUGUAUAAGUGUAAGGGAGAAGAACUAAAAUGCAACCACCCAGAACUUGUGUUCAUUAGUGAAA